AUGAACUCGACCAAACGCAAGUUCAACGCCCUGCUCCAAGGACUCAGCAGCCCGCGCCCCAGCACAGACGACGAGUCUCCAGCCGCCGCCAUGUUCGGCAACCGCGUCCCCAGCGGCAAGCUCGUCGACCACGAGGCCAUGCUGCAGAAGCGCCGCCGCCUGGGCUUCCCCGACGAGACCGCGCCGCGCAUGGACACGUCCGUCUCGUCGGGGCUCACCAGCCUGGCCAGCUCCAUCAGGCGCACCGUGUCUGAUGCCACGACGCCCAAGGUGCGGAGGGACGGGCCGGCGCGGUAUUCGCCCGGCGACCGGGACGAGCUGCUCAAGCGGCUGGCCACGUUUCAGGAGAUUACGGACUGGACGCCCAAGCCCGACAGGAUCAACGAGGUGGAAUGGGCCAAGCGGGGGUGGAUCUGCCAGGGCAAGGAGAGGGUGCGGUGUCUGCUGUGUCACAAGGAGCUGGUGGUGAAGCUGAAGAAGGAGGCUGCGGAGGGGGAGGAUGGGCUGACGUCUGCUGAAGUUGAGGCUGCAUUGGUCGACAAGUAUGCAGAGCUGAUUGUCAGCGCGCAUCAGUCAGAUUGCCUGUGGAAGAGACGCGGAUGCGAUGAUUCCCUGCUUCGCAUCUCAUUCGUGAGCGCCAAGGGCGCCAUCGAAGCUCUCAAGGGUCGAUAUGAGGAGCUUUGUUCUCGAGCGGCGUUUCUCCCUUACGAGUUCAACCUACGUCUGCCGGAAGGCGUGAACUUGGAUGAGGUCAUCUCCCAGCUGCCACCCGACUUCUUCACAGGCCGUAAUCCCACCCCUGAACCAGUCCGACCAGCGCUUGCUCUGGCGCUCUUCGGCUGGCAAGGCCUCAACAACACCCGCAUCGGCGCUGUGCCCAACACGGCGUCAUGUCACACCUGCCAGCGACGACUGGGUCUUUGGAUGUUCAAGAGCAAGGAGGUGGACGCAAAUGGCAACGUCGUUGUACCAGCACCGAUGGACUAUCUCGAUCCCGAGCGAGAGCACCGCUUUUUCUGCCCCUGGAAGAACCCAGCCGCUCAGAGCAGGGGCCAUAGCAUCGCAAAGGAUGAUGCACCCGACAUGCCAGCGUGGAAGAAUUUGCUGCAGUCCAUCAAGAACGAGUCCGAUCUUCGAAGUGUAUACGAGGGCAGGCUCAAACCGUCAUCCAAGCCGGCUGCUGCUGCAACCCCGUCGACGCCUCUUAAACAGACGGCCCGACAGGCUCCUCAUCAUACGCCAAACGCUUCUGUUGAUUCACUCGCCAUCAAUGAGGAGGACGAUGAGGCGACGAGAGACGCAAAAGACAAGGAACGAUGGGCGAGGCUGCGCAAGGUGAAGAGCUUAUUUGACACGAAGAAGCUGCGGAAAUCGAUGACCAACCGCCCGGAGACUCCGCACUCGAUCAAGUCGAACAAGUCCGCAAGGUCAAUCAAGGGGGAUUGA